AGGAAACCGAAAGUGCGCGGCACCGGGCGGGGCCGGCCACUAGCCAGGGCCACAGCCUCAGCCCAGCAGAGGCCGCGCCCCGGGCGGCGGCGACAGGACGCGCCGGAGUCGGUCGUUGCAGGUCACUGAACAUUACAUGAACGUGGAAGAAGUCUGGUGACCCCAACAUGGAGGGUUGUAGACCUCGCCCGGAGGCUUGGCCCAGGAAUUCCCAUGCCAACCACAGAGGAGCUGGAGAUGGAGAAUUACCACCAAGACCUAGAAAUCCAGCCAAUAAUCCACCAGCCACUGCACUCCAAGGCAGAGCUGACCCUCCCAGGAGGCAGCCUAGGGCCAACAACCAUCCUGGUCAUCACCGGCAAAGGGAGGAGAGAUUUAGGGCCAUGGGCAGGAACCCACAUCAGGGAAGAAGGAGCCAUGAGGGACAUAGUGGUGAGGAAGCUAGAAACCAAAGACCCAGUCAGGAGAAUGACGGCCGAUGGAGAAACGUCAACCUCCAGGAGGGAAGGAAUCACAGAGCACCAUGGUCUGGUGAGAACUUCCAGCAGUGGCGGGCCUCACCCCAGAAGCCUUCAGAGCAGCCACCGCAGGUGAAGAAACUGGGCUACAAGUUUCUAGAAAGUCUGCUGCAGAAAGAGCCCUCUGAGGUGGUCAUCACCCUUGCCACAAGUGAGGGGCUAAAAGAGCUCCUUUCCCACUCCUCCAUGAAACCCAGCUUCAUUGAACUCAUCUGCCAGGUUCUUCAGAAGGCAUGUAGCUCCAGAAUGCACCGCCAGAGCAUUCAGCAUGUACUGGGCGUACUGAAAAACUCCAAGUUCCUCAAAGUCUGCCUACCUGCUUAUGUGGUGGGAACGAUUACCCAACCCACCCGUGACAUUCGAAACCAGUAUCCCCAACACAUAGGCAAUAUCAUCUUCCUCCUCCAGGAGCUCGUCAGCGUCUUCCCCGCCAGCUCUGUGCAGGAAACUUCCAUGCUCAUCUCGCUCCUUCCAACUUCUUUGAACACUCUGAGAGCUUCUGGGGUUGACAUCAAGGAGGAGAUGGAGAAGAACCUGGAAGAGGUGCAGACUCUCAUUGAAUACCUGCAGGAAAAGAGGCGAGAGGGCACUUUGCGAGCGGACACCUGUACUCUAGUGCCUCCUGGGGCCAAAGGCCAGAUCGAGAACUACCGGACCAUGCCCAUCUAUCCUACCUACAAUGAAGUGCACUUGGAUCAAAGGCCCUUCCUUCGCCCCAACAUCAUUUCUGGAAAAUACGAGAGCACUGCUGUCUACCUGGACACUCACUUUCGACUUCUGCGAGAAGACUUUGUCAGACCCCUGCGGGAGGGCAUUUUGGAACUUCUCCAGAACUUUGAGGACCAGUGUCUGAGGAAGAGAAAGUUCGAUGACAUCCGAAUCUACUUUGACACUAGGAUUAUCACCCCCAUGUGCUCACCAUCAGGCAUUGUCUACAAGGUUCAGUUUGACACAAAACCACUGAAGUUCGUUCGCUGGCAGAAUUCCAAGCGACUGCUGUAUGGGUCGUUGGUAUGCAUGUCUAAGGACAACUUUGAGACAUUUCUUUUCGCGACUGUUUCAAACCGGGAGCUUGAAGAUCUCUGCAAAGGAAUUGUCCAGCUGUCCUUCAAUGAGCAGAGCCAGCAGCUGCUAGCAGAGGUCCAGCCCUCAGACUCCUUCCUCAUGGUGGAGACCACGGCGUACUUUGAAGCCUACAGGCAUGUCCUGGAAGGACUCCAGGAAGUUGAAGAGGGAGACAUCCCCUUCCAACAGAAUAUCGUGGAAUGCAACUCCCAUGUGAAGAGGCCACAUUACUUGAUAUUUGGUGGCAGAUAUGAUUUCACCCCCUUAACAAAGACUCCCUCCGCUGCUGCGGAUUCUCCAAAGAAUGCUAAAGUCUUGCAGCGUCCUACAGUUAAUGUCUUAGAUUUUAGCCAUUGGCCCUCAAAGGAAGCCCUGAAACUGGACGACUCCCAGAUGGAAGCCUUGCAGUUUGCUCUCACAAGGGAACUGGCUAUUAUCCAAGGACCUCCUGGAACAGGCAAAACCUAUGUGGGUCUGAAAAUUGUUCAGGCCCUUCUGACCAACAAGUCUGUCUGGCAAGUUAAUAACCAGAAGUUUCCCAUCUUGGUUGUGUGUUACACUAAUCAUGCUUUGGACCAGUUUCUAGAAGGCAUUUACAGGAGUCUCCAUGGUGUGGGCAUCGUGCGGGUUGGUGGGAGGAGCAACAGUGAAGUCCUGAGGCAGUUCACCCUGAGGGAGCUGAGGAACAACCGGGAAUUCCGCCGGGACCUCUCCAUGAACCUCCGAAGGGCCUACAUGAAUAUUGUAACAGAGAUGAAGGCGUCAGGGGAAGGGCUUCGCAUAGGGGCCAAGACCCUGGAAUGUACCAUGCAAGGUGUCCUUCGGGAACAGUUUCUGCAGAAGUACAUCUCCCCUCGGCACUGGGACAGCCUGACAAAUGGACCAAUGCAGGAGAUGGAAUGGACCACCUUCCAGUUUGGGAAGUAUUCUAUGAUGCUCGAAUGGCUGGGUCUGGGUGUCGGUUCUUUCGUUCAGAACACUGCUUCAGUAGAACCUGAGAAUACAGCCCAGGCAGAGGAGUUAGAAGGGGAAGACGGGGAGGAGUCGCUCAUUGAUAUCGCAGAGGAGGCUGACCUGAUUCAAGCUGACCGGGUCAUUGAGGAAGAAGAAGUGAUGAGGCCCCAGCGACGGAAGAAGGACGAGAAAGGGGCAGACAAGGAGUUGGCCAAAAUGCUUUUGGCCAUGACGCUAGACCAGAAUAGCCCUGAGCCUGCAGCUGGACAGGAGCAAGCAACUGAAAAGUGGGAGAUCCAGCGCAGCCGGAGAAAGAAAAUGAGAAAUAAAAUGAAGAAUGAACUUCGCAAACUGAACACAAUGACUGAAGCCGAGGCCAAUGAGAUCCAAGAUGUCUGGCAGCUGGACCUCAAUUCUCGCUGGCAGCUGUAUCGACUGUGGUUGCAGAUGUACCAGGCAGACACGCGCCAGAGGAUUCUCCAGUAUGAGUGCCAGUACCGCACAUCAGCUAAGAAAAUGGCUGAGCUGAGACUCCAGGAAGACCUGUGUAUCCUCAAAGAUGCCCAGGUCAUAGGAAUGACAACCACAGGAGCUGCCAAAUACCGCCAGAUCCUGCAAGAGGUGAGGCCUGUGAUUGUCAUCGUGGAAGAGGCUGCAGAAGUUCUCGAGGCUCACACUAUUGCCACCUUGAGCAAAGCCUGCCAGCACCUCAUUCUGAUUGGGGACCACCAGCAGCUACGCCCCAGUGCCAAUGUGUAUGAUUUGGCUAAGAACUUCAACCUUGAGGUGUCCCUUUUUGAACGGCUGGUGAAAGUAAAUAUUCCAUUUGUCCGUCUGAAUUACCAGCAUCGCAUGCGCCCUGAAAUUGCACGUCUCUUGACACCCCACAUAUACCAGGACCUGGAGAAUCAUCCCUCUGUUCUCAAGUACGAGAAGAUUAAGGGGGUCUCUUCCAACCUUUUCUUUGUGGAGCAUAGCUUUCCUGAGCAGGAGAUCCAAGAAGGCAGAAGCCAUCAGAACUGGCAUGAGGCUCACUUUUUGGUGGAGCUGUGCAAGUACUUCCUGUGCCAGGAGUACCUGCCCUCCCAGAUCACCAUUCUCACCACCUACACUGGGCAGCUCUUCUGCCUGCGCAAACUCAUGCCUGCCAAGACGUUCGCUGGCAUCAAGGUCCAUGUCGUGGACAAGUACCAAGGGGAAGAAAAUGACAUUAUCCUCCUCUCGUUGGUGCGGAGCAACCAGGAGGGCAAGAUGGGCUUCCUCCAAAUACCCAACCGCAUCUGUGUGGCCUUGUCCCGAGCCAAAAAGGGGAUGUACUGCAUUGGCAACAUGCAGAUGCUGGCCAGGGAGCCCUUGUGGAGCAAGAUCAUGCACACCCUGCGGGAGAACGAGCAGCUAGGCCCAUCGCUGCGCCUGUGCUGCCAGAACCACCCCGACACCCACACCUCGGUGUCCACAGCUUCAGACUUCCAAAAAGUGCCCGAAGGAGGCUGCAGUCUGCCCUGUGAAUUCCGACUGGGCUGUGGACACGUCUGCACCCGUGCCUGCCACCCCUAUGACUCCUCACACAAGGAGUUCCAGUGCAUGAAGCCAUGCCAGAAGGUCAUCUGCCAGGACGGGCACCGGUGCCCACUAGUUUGCUUCCAGGAGUGCCAGCCUUGUCAGGUAAAGGUGCCCAAAACUAUUCUCCUGUGUGGCCACAAACAGAUGGUUCCUUGUUCAAAGCCAGAGUCAGAGUUCUGCUGCCAGGAGCCUUGCCCCAAGGUGUUGAGAUGUGGCCAUAGAUGCAGCAAUCCAUGUGGUGAUUUCUGUGUGCGUUUGUGCUCAGAAAAGGUCACCGUGAAACUCAAAUGUGGACAUAGCCAGCAGGUGAAAUGUUGUAAUGUGGAAGACAUCAAAUAUGGCCUGCCAGUCAAGUGUACCACCAAGUGUGAUGCCAUCUUGGAAUGUGGUCACCCUUGCCCGGGCUCCUGCCAUAGCUGCUUUGAAGGGCGCUUUCAUGAGCGGUGUCAGCAGCCCUGCAAGUGCCUGCUCAUCUGCGCACACAAGUGCCAGGAGCCAUGCACUGGUGAGUGCCCGCCCUGCCAGCGAAUGUGCCAGAACCGCUGUGUGCACAGCCAGUGCAAGAAGAAAUGUGGGCAGCCGUGCAGCCCCUGUGUGGAGCCCUGUGUCUGGCGCUGCCAGCACUACCAGUGCACCAGACUCUGCUCUGAGCCCUGCAACCGACCCGCAUGCUACGUGCCUUGUACUAAGCUGCUGGGCUGCGGCCACCCUUGCAUUGGUCUGUGUGGGGAGCCCUGCCCCAGGAAGUGCCGUGUGUGCCAUCAAGACGAGGUCACCCAGAUCUUCUUUGGCUCCGAGGAUGAGCCCGAUGCCCGCUUCGUGCAGCUGGAGGACUGCAGCCACAUCUUUGAGGUACAAGCCUUGGACCGCUACAUGAACGAUCAGGACGACAAAGUCGCCAUCAGGCUGAAGGUCUGUCCUGUCUGUCAAGUGCCCAUCCGCAAGAACCUGAGGUACGGGACCAUCAUCAAACGGCGGCUGGAAGAAAUAGAAGUCGUCAAGAGCAGGAUCCAGGGCUGUGCUGAGGAACUGGCAGCCAGCCAGGAGCAACUUAAGGCUCUGCUGGAGAGUAAGCAUGUCUUCCAGGAGCAGCUAAGUGUCAACUUCCAGAUGCUGAGUGAGAAGCUGGCCCAGAAAAACCUGUCAGUGAAGGACCUGGGCCUUGUUGAGAACUGCAUCCACUUCUAUGACCACUUGGCCAACUUGUACGAAUCCCUGAAAAAGGUGCAUGUCUCAGAGCAGGAAAGAGUGCGCGCUCGGCUAGAGCAGGUCUACAAGUGGCUGGCCAAGAAGCGCCUGAGCUUCUCCAGCCAGGAACGGAGUGACCUCCAGCAGGAAAUCCAGAGGCUCACGUACCUGGUGAACCUUCUGACCCGUUGCAGGAUGGCGGAGGGGAAGGUUAGAGGGGGUGUAGCCGAAGAGGUCUCUAGCAUCCGGGAUAUUCUUGAGGGAACGUGUAAAUUCACCCAGGAAGAUGAACAACUUGUGCAGAAAAAGUUGGAUGCUCUGAAAACCACCCUUCCCUGCUCUGGCCUGGGCAUCUCCGAGGAAGAGCGAGUACAGAUUGUCAAUGCCUUGGGUCUUAGUCGUGGCCACUGGUUCAAGUGCCCCAAUGGCCACAUCUAUGUGAUUAGUGAAUGUGGGGGAGCUAUGGAGAGGGCCACUUGUCCCGACUGUCAGGAGGUGAUCGGUGGGGAGAAUCACACUCUGGAGAGCAGCAACCAGCUUGCUUCUGAGAUGGACGGAGCCCAGCACCCUGCCUGGUCCGAUACAGCCAACAACCUGAUGAACUUUGAGGAGCUCCGGAGGAUGAUCUAGAAAGAUGGCACACCACUGCCUUUAACCUCGGCCCACAUUGCUGGGGACGUUCCUUGUGGAGGAACUGGUUUAUUAGUGCCCUUUAGUCUUUGCACCUGCUCAAGGAUCCACUUUUAGGGUUUGCCCACACUUGAUUCUAAGUUUACCCCUGCGCUAGAGUAAGCACUUUACCUCCAAAGCUGCGAUCAGAUUCUAGGAUCUUGCCUCCUCUCUUGUGGCAAGCUCAUGGCUCGUUCCCUGGAGCGUCUGGACACUCCCCACCCCACCCCCCCCCACUACCACCUAGGGGAACCUGGAUCUGGGUUUGGUCAGUUGCUUCUGCAGCGCUCCCAGGGCAGUCUGAGCUCAGGAAGCUGGCUGGUUCUUAUCUCCAGGCUUCCUCUUGCCAACUAGCUUUUGUUGUAACAAACAGUGGUCCAGAAAUGUUGUAGGAAGUGCUCUUCCUUCCUUCUUGCCCUUCCUCCAUUCCUUCCUUCCUAGGAGCACAAAAACCCCUACCACCCUCCCCCUCAGGCCUCUGCCUCCAGGAGACGGAGGUAUGUGACACACUUCAACUCACCCUAACCCAGUCACAGUCACUGGAGUAGGAAAAGCAUACUGUCCACACAGGGGCUUCCGCAGCGGGCCCUGCUCAGUGACCCCUGUACCUGUUCCUGGGACUUGCACUGGGACGAUGGGAAAGGCUGACACAGCACCGUGCUGCCACGUUCAGUGCAAGCAGCAAACGGUCAGCCUGCCUGGGCAGGGUCAGCAUGCCAGCAGCUCCCGUGGGCCCCAGCCCCACCCUGCCACCUGCAGCCCGUGUCCAGUGUUCCUUAGAGCAGACUUAGCAUCUCAGGUCCUUUCUAAUGUUGGCCAGAAAAGCCCCUUUCCUAUGUAUGCAUUUCCUGUUUUGUCUUUACUAUGCACUUUUAGCCUUUAAAGCCAGUUAAUAAAAUCAACAAGGGAG